AAAGGAGAUACCCUUACGUGUUUCAUUGUGGCAAAACAAAACAAAAAAAAAAAGCCAUGGUCCCUCCUGGAUUUGUCGCUGCUGGUUGCAGGUUUCUCCGCGGCACCCUUCCUCGAGCUCGGCUGUUUUUUCUCCCCGCGCGCGGUGACAAGCGGGCUGGACGAUGCUAUUGCGGCGUUUUAAAGGGAGAAAAGCUCAUGCAAGAAUAACAACACGGAGCAGUGCAUCGCUGCUAGCUUUCUCGUUUCAGUGUUUCUUACUUUAAUCCGGAUGAGGUUGUUUGCUUUUGGUCUUUGUCGCACGCGCGGUGGUCUCACACAUCGCAGGUACUUUGGGAGAAUUGGCUGAAACGCACCUGCCGUGAGAUAACCGGAGGGAGCACAUGUACUCCUGGUUUCUCAUCCAGGCUGCAACAUAAGAGUAUUUCUAUCAGACAUCUCUCGCCGUGGAGCAUGCACAGCCAUCGAUCUACACUGGUUUCAUAUCAAGUACUCGUACAGACCAGUCUGAGUGUGAGGAUGACAGCUGAUCGCCCCUCCUCUCCCAGGACUUCAAUAAAAACGCGCUCUAUCUGAAUCCGUCCAUUGGUAGCGCAUUGGAGUGUCAGUUUUAGCCGUGUUUAACAAUAGAUGGAGCGCAGAGGGAUGUGACACUCACCUCUGCCUGAUCAGGUUACCCUCACACCUGUCACUGCAAAGAAUUUCCGGAAGAGUCCUUUAAUCUACACUCAUCUGGAGAGAUUUUUUCUAGAGGAAGUGUUUUGGAGAUGCUCCGUCCGAUCACGCCUCCACAUUGGAACUAUUUCACUCCUUCUUCUCCAGUACUUUGCGUAAAAGCCAUGCGCAGGGAUCAUCCUUGAGUAGCCGAUAAAAUAAUCAGCGCCUCGGUGUCAGCAAAGGCUUGAGCCGCGGGGGAUUUGUGUAGAUUAUCGCCGGACUGCUAUUUUGCUCCCUUGGUCACAGUCUUAAGUGAACUUAGAGGCUUUUGAUCUGCAGCCUUUUCCCUGCUGCCCCAACCCGCCUCCCAGCACGGACUGCCUGUUUACAAGCCACGCUAUUCAUAGAGGAAGAGGGGGGUAAACCGGGCUGCAUUCAUAAGCAAUGACCGCCACAGAGGUGUUUGGACCCACAUCUGAGGAUACGACGCGUUUGGCGCUGCUGUCAGCCCGCGGAUCCGGGGGAAUGAGACACGCACUAAGCUGCGUGUAGUUAACACUCCCUGUUUAACUGGCCGGUCACAUGCCGUGGUUGUGACCGGUUAGAAGUAGCCUGAGCUGCAGACAGACGGACAGGAAUCAAACACAACUAGCAGGAGCGAUUGAGCACUUUCCGGACCCGUUUUGACUCUCUACCGGGCGACUACCGGAGGAUGUUUGUGCCAGGAUGCUGCGCUUCCCCGUGAAGAAGAUCCGGAAGCAGUUCAAGCUCCUGCUGCUGCUGGUUCUGCUCACCUCCGCCGUCUGGUUUACCUACUUGCACAUCAACCAGGGCAAGACCAUCAAACUCCACUUCAACUAUGGGAAAGAUGGAGAGAGACAGACGGAGGGGACAGACGCCAGCCGCAAGAGGGAUGCUCGCUCCUCGGCCGGACAGCACAAGAGUGAGGACACCAGUGACAGCAGGGAGGACGAGGCUUCAGAUGAUGAGCCAAUCACAGGACGGUCUGAUGGCAGAGACCACGCCCACAUCCGGAAAUUUCUCAGCCAACGACACAAGAAAUUGCCGUGGAAACCAGAGUAUAAGGGCCAGGCAAACCUACAUGUGUUUGAGGACUGGUGUGGCUCCUCUGUAGCCCAACUCAGAAAGAACCUUCACUUCCCUCUAUACCCUCAUACCAGAACCACAGUGAAGAAGCUGGCAGUGGCUCCAAAAUGGAAGAACUAUGGCCUGCGAAUAUUUGGCUUCCUUCACCCUUACAGAGAUGGUGAUUUCCAGUUCUCUGUAUCAUCUGAUGAUAACUCUGAGUUCUGGCUGAGUCCUGAUGAGAGCCCUCUCAAUGCCAGACUGCUGGUCUAUGUAGGACAGCUUGGUACAGAGUGGACUGCUCCGGGCGAGUUCAGCAAGUUCAGGUCCCAGUCCUCCAAGUCUGUGCACCUGAUGGCGUCCAGACAGUACUACUUUGAGAUCCUCCACAAGCAAGACGACAAGGGCUCGGAUCAUGUAGAGGUUGGGUGGCGCCCGUUCCUGCCUGGUCUGAAAUAUGAAGUGAUAGACUCUGCCUACAUUUCCCUGUACACAGACGAGUCCAGUCUGAAGAUGAAUAGCGUCGACCACAUUCCCCAGACCUUGGCCAGUCACAUCCGUCUCCCGGAGGAGACUCAGUCUCAGGGUCCAGAGGGAGGCGGCAUCACGCAGCACGGAGCGGAUAUGCUGAAGCCGGACCCCAGGGACACCUUCUACAGCACUCCAAUGAUCGACCCCUCCCGACUGGAAAACGUUCUUCCGGCCUGCCUCUACUCCCCGACUUAUGUGGUCAAAGAUUUUCCAAUCGCCAGAUACCAGGGUCUGCAAUUUGUCUAUCUCUCUUUCGUUUACCCCAAUGACUUCACACGUCUCACCCACAUGGAGCGAGAGAACAAGUGCUUCUACAGAGAGUCCCCAAUCUACCUGGAGAAGUUUGGUUUCUACAAAUACAUGAAGAUGGAUGAAGAAGAAGAUGAUAGAUCGUUCUUCUUCCCCAAUCCAGAUGAUUUCCUCGAGGAAGAGGAGGUGGUAGACACCGAGGAUGAAGCAGAGAUCGUUGGCACACAGCCACCCAAGAAGCCCUCUAAUCCCAGCCAGACCAGCCACACCUCCAACCCCUCUAACCAGCACUCAAAGCCUGUGCCCACACCACCUGGCAGAGAAGGGGAAGAGGAAGAGGAGGAGGAGGACCCCGAUGAGGAGGAGGAGGGAGCAGUAAACAGUAUUAUACGGCGCAGAGAGAGGAUACACUUUCCUCACAGAGAUGAGAGGGAUCUUGAUAGAGACUGGGGGAGAGAUCAUACAAGAGAUAACUUGAGACAGGACAACAGGAGAGGACCAGAGGAAGAGACGGAGCAGAGGGAGCUUCAGCCUGACAUGGAUGAUGUGGUGAGAGGUCGCUCCCUGUCUUGGCUCCGCACUGGCCCUGCUGAGCUGGGCCCUGGGAAGAAAGCAGGAGUAGGAGAGAAAGGGGCUGAAACACCCCAGAAACUGACUAAAUCAUCCCUCCUUUUCCCCCAGAAGUCCUCCCUCUCUGCCCUUGCAAGCCGAGCCAAGCAGAUCCUUAGCAACUCUGCCCACCAAGUCAACAACAACAGACUCCAGGGUAACAAGAAGGAGAAGAAGGAGGAGAAUAAGAUCUACAUCACCAGGCCUCGACCUGCCAAGGAGCGGGAGAAGGAGAGAGAGAAGGAGAGGGAGCAGCGCAGAGAGAGGAGGGAGGAGAGAGCAUCACGCCAUCCCAGAGAAGUGUUCCCUGGGGUUUUUCUUUAUCAAACUGGGAAGACAACAAGGUUGGUUAACCUAGGUGCCAAAGGGCAUGCAGGGGGAGGUAAAAGUCUUGUUAGUGCCCCUCAGCUUUGGCCCAACCCCCCCACAAGAGAGGGUAAAACAUCCCUGCAUAAUGGAAGCACCAACAUGCAGAAUGAGAGUGUACAGAAGUCGAAACAUCCAGAGAGAAGCAGAAGGAAAGGGGAGAACAAGGAUUUAAAGACUACUGAGUCACCCAGAAACGGGGAUCCUCUCACCCAACUGUCCCAUCACCCCCUUCAAGUGACUCCACCAAGGAUAAACCUCACAGAAAACACGCUACAAGCUCAAACACGAGUCACCUCUUACCUCAGGACAUCAGAAAUCACAGAGUCUCAGCAGCAGCCAGACAACCCGGGAGACCUGGAGCAGGACGCCAACCCCGACCCAGACCCUGAGCCAGAGCAGGAGCCAGAGCCAGAGGAGGGUGAGAUGUCGGACUACAGCUAUGAGGAGGUGGAGGCUCGGCCGGGUUGGGCAGAGGAGAGUAUUAACUGGCAGAGGACGUUCUCAGUGAAUCCGAUGGACUUUGAGCUGCUGCGGUCGGACUGGAACGACCUGCGCUGUAAUGUGUCUGGUAACCUGCAGCUGGCCGAGAGCGAAGUAGUGGAUGUCCUGGCGCAGUACAUGGAGAAGCUCAAUGAGAAAAACGGCGGGAUCUACACCCUGUUGCGAAUCAUCAACGUGGAAAAACGGCGAGACUCAGCCAGAGGGAACCGCUACCUGGUAGAGCUGGAGCUAAUGGAGAGAGGCCGCAGCGUGGUGCGGCUGUCAGAGUACAUUUACCUGCUGCUGCACCGUGGCAGGCAAGGAGAGGAGAGUUUAGAGAACACCGACUCUGCCCCGGCCUCCGCUCCAGCUUCAGUCCCAUCUACCGCUACAUCCAGCCUCACCACACCACCUCCACCUGCUCCCUCCUCCAAGUCCCCCAUCCGGCCUGGAGCAACCCCCUGGAGCACCACGUACGCCAAGCCUUUGCUGUGCCAGCCAGUCAUGCUGCAGUGGAGGAGGGAUGUGAUGGUGCACUUUGUGGUGCCGGUGAAAAACCAGGCCCGCUGGGUACAGCAGUUUAUCUCUGACAUGGAGAACCUCCAUCGACAGACGAAGGACGACAACUUCAGCAUCAUCAUUGUCGACUUUGAGAGCGAAGACAUGGACGUGGAGCAGGCCCUCCGAGACAGCAGCGUGCCAAGAUAUGAAUAUCUAAGGAGAGAGGGGAACUUUGAGCGCUCAGCAGGACUGCAGAUUGGAGUGGACACUAUCGAGGAUAGUCACAGCAUUGUGUUCCUGUGUGAUCUGCACAUCCACUUCCCUCUCAACAUCUUGGAAAGCAUCAGGAAGCACUGUGUGGAAGGCCGACUCGCUUUCGCUCCCAUUGUCAUGAGACUCGGCUGCGGCAGUUCUCCACUGGAACCCGAUGGUUACUGGGAGGUAAACGGCUUUGGUCUGUUUGGGAUCUAUAAAUCAGACUUUGAUAAGAUUGGUGGGAUGAACACAGAGGAAUUCAAAGAUCGCUGGGGUGGAGAAGACUGGGAGCUAUUAGACAGGGUAUUACAGAACGGUCUGGAGGUAGAGAGACUACGUUUGAGGAACUUCUUUCACUACUAUCACUCCAAACGAGGCAUGUGGAAUGCUCAGAACAAAAAAACUCCCAAAGGAUAGCGCCCCCUGCUGGCUGGAGGAAUCCGAACCUUCCUGCAAAUCCACUGUGUGUGUGAGAGAGAGACCUGUAGGAGCUCGCUCACUGCCUGAACUCUGCCUUUUUUUGGAAACAGGCUCCAUUUAGGAGCACCACUGUUUCCCCAUUGGCCACUUUUGUACGCUUCUACGAGGAAACGCUGUCCAAAUCGAAGGAGCCGUUGAAGGCAGAAAGACCUGAGUCAUCACUUUGCCUCACAGACUGAACUACUGUUUGGAGAGAAGAGAGUCAUUUUUGUUCUCCUCUCUCUGUCCUUUUUCUGGUGCAAUGUUUUCAGACAGACUGGAAAGCAGCUGUUACUUUUUUGGGUGUGUUUGCGUGAGUGCGUGGGUAUGUAAAUAUAUAAAUAUAUAUAUAAGUGUAUGUGGGUGUGCUGCCGCUUGUGUGUGCUUACGAUGACAGGAAGCACCUUUUUUUCUAACAAGGAGAAGUGAAGACAACCUAAGAGCUUUUUUUUUUCUAACAUGCUCUCACACGGGAGCCUACUAGAAUGUGUGUCAACAUGUUAAUCAGAUAGAUUCAGACACAGUGACAUAGUGAGAGUAGAGGAAACCUGUAUUUGGUAUAAAGUAUUUCUACAUACAUCAGAUACUACCUGUUGGAUAUCAUAAAAAGAGCAUGACCAGGUGCUGAAGCUCUCCUAAUGCCUGAUAUUUGCAACAAAACACUUUUGAAUCAGAAAAACGUUUCCCAAGCAAACUGAUAAAUUCUUCAUUAUUUUUAUUUUUUAAUCUCCUUUUUCCUCUUCUCUAUCUUCUGUUUUUUACUCAUUCCUGCCUCUAUCUUUUGAAUUUCAUACAUAGCCCUGCUGCUUUUAUUACAGCAUUCAACUCUACUACAUCCUCAUUAAUGCUACCUAUUGGUUUUGACUUGAUUUGUUAUAUUUUUUAACUGAAAUGUUUCUGCUGUUGGGAAUUUAUAAAGGGUUCUUAUUUGUCCUGACUGAAUAUGGGUGCACUAACAUUUGGGGUGCUAUUCUGAGUUCAUAAACACUGAAAUUGUGAGCAGUUUACAUAUUUUUACACAGCCGUUAUUCCCCUCCCACUCUCGGUCUCUAACCUCAUUGUCAACUGGAACAAGAAACUGUAAACUGAAGCUACAGCUUCCUGGUGAAAGAUCUGGCAUUAUUAUAUUAUUGUUUUAAGUGUUCUCUGAGCUGACUUUUGCAUUUUGAUGUUGCAUUUCUUUCUUCUAAAAGUACCACAAAGACAGGGAAUGCUCAGUCAUUCUUGUAAGCUUAUUUUACAGCUCUAACAGAACGGAGAGCUGUCCGUCCGACACAAUGUGGCAAGGCAUGGUUGUUUUCACAAAUGUGUGCCUUUAUCAGGGUUUGGCUGCAGGCAGUUUUUAGAGUAAUAACAGAAGAGUGCAGGUACAGACAUAAAUACACAGUUAUUUAUCAGCGGGCUGUAAAGUCACUGUAAAUUCAGAUACACUGUAACAGAAUGGUUCUCUUAAAUGAUACAGACAUGGUGGUGUGUUUGUUAUCUAACAUUUAUAGCAGAAGAAGUGGUCUUUACAGGCCAUUUGCCCCUCAGAGUGAUAAGCAGAGAUGGUACUAAUGACUACUGAGUAAAACCAGGAGGUGUGAUGGAGACUCAAUGGCAGCUGCAGUCCAGCAGGACCCCACCUCCACCCAUUAGUCUGGCAGGAGGCCGGGCUGCUAAUGCCUCUGUUUAUACAAGAUGGUACUUAUAUUGACGGAGAAUGGCUGGAGGGUUUUAGGCAGGACAUAAAGAGAAUAUAUAGAUGAGAAUUAAUGAUCUGUUAUUGACUAUAUGAUUGUCAGAUUGCCCUCCAAGACCCCUCUCUUUGCCUCUACAGGAAAAAGGUCUAUACUGUAUGACACUGACAUGGGAUUAUUUAAACUGAAGGAACUCAGUAGAUAGAAGGUUAUAUAUAAGAGAAAUACAAGUGAAAAUAGGAAUAUACAUUCCAAGGUAAUUUCUGUGAAAUUGUUUUGUAGAGAAAAGGUUUUAAGAAUGUAUUGUACUCUUAUUUUAAUUUGUUGGUUUUUUGCAAAUAAAAUUUUA